UUCGGCCGGGUGGCCGCUGGAGGCUGGCGGACCGGCGCGGGCGCACCGGAGCGCGCUGGCGGCCUUGGCCCCCACGGGAGCGCGGCUGCGGCGCUUGAAACCGUGGGCGACCAGUGGGCGGGAGUCCGCCUUUCGCCUGCGUCGCUGCCUGAGCGGGAUCGCCUUCCCCAGGGAUGUGAGGGAUCGCGGCUUGGCCGGCUGGGUCCCGAGCGCCGCGGAGGCCAGCUGCAGACGCUCCACCCACUUUGGCCUGGAGGGGCUAAAAAUAAUUGCCCAGAGGCUCCUGAGAGGAAUCAGAUCGCGCUAAGUAGGGCACAACGCAGAGGCAACAGAGCUCCUUUGCCCCAGGGCGCCCGGAGAAGUCUCUGGAGCGUGGUCCCGUCCCGCCCUCCCUCCGCCUGCCAGGGGUGUGUGGAGGCCAGUAUGAAGCUGAAAAAGCAGGUGACAGUGUGUGGGGCUGCUAUCUUCUGCGUGGCAGUCUUUUCGCUGUACCUCAUGCUGGACAGAGUACAGCAUGAUCCCACCCGACACCAGAAUGGUGGGAACUUCCCACGGAGCCAAAUUUCUGUGCUGCAGAAUCGCAUUGAGCAGCUGGAGCAGCUGUUGGAGGAGAACCAUGAAAUUAUCAGCCACAUCAAGGACUCUGUGCUGGAGCUGACAGCCAAUGCAGAAGGCCCACCUGCUCUGCUGCCCUACCACACAGCCAAUGGAUCCUGGGUGGUGCCCCCGGAGCCCCGGCCCAGCUUCUUCUCCAUCUCCCCCCAGGAUUGCCAGUUUGCUUUGGAGGACCGGGGCCAGAAGCCAGAGCUACAGAUGCUAACUGUGUCAGAAGAGUUGCCAUUUGACAAUGUGGAGGGCGGCGUUUGGAGGCAAGGCUUUGACAUCUCCUACAGCCCACAUGACUGGGAUACUGAAGACCUGCAGGUGUUUGUGGUGCCCCACUCACACAAUGACCCAGGCUGGAUCAAGACCUUUGACAAGUACUACACAGAGCAGACCCAACACAUCCUCAACAGCAUGGUAUCCAAGCUACAGGAGGACUCCCGGCGGCGCUUCCUCUGGGCAGAAGUCUCCUUCUUUGCCAAGUGGUGGGACAACAUCAAUGCCCAAAAGAGAGCAGCAGUCCGAAGGCUGGUGGGAAAUGGGCAGCUAGAGAUUGCAACAGGAGGCUGGGUGAUGCCAGAUGAGGCCAACUCCCACUACUUUGCAUUGAUUGACCAGCUCAUUGAGGGACACCAGUGGCUGGAGAGAAACCUUGGUGCAACCCCACGCUCUGGCUGGGCAGUGGACCCAUUUGGACACAGCUCCACCAUGCCUUACCUGCUGCGCCGUGCCAACCUGACCAGCAUGUUGAUCCAGAGGGUACAUUAUGCCAUUAAGAAGCACUUUGCUGCCACCCACAGCUUGGAGUUCAUGUGGAGACAGACUUGGGACUCGGAUUCCAGCACAGACAUCUUUUGCCACAUGAUGCCCUUCUACAGCUAUGAUGUGCCUCAUACCUGUGGCCCAGAUCCCAAGAUCUGCUGCCAGUUUGAUUUCAAACGCCUGCCCGGUGGACGCAUCAACUGCCCUUGGAAAGUGCCACCCCGGGCCAUCACAGAGGCCAAUGUGGCAGAAAGGGCAGCCCUGCUCCUAGACCAGUACAGGAAGAAGUCUCGGCUCUUCCGAAGCAAUGUCCUCUUGGUGCCACUGGGCGAUGACUUCCGAUAUGACAAGCCCCAGGAAUGGGAUGCCCAGUUCUUCAACUACCAGCGGCUCUUUGACUUCCUCAACAGCAAGCCUGAACUCCACGUGCAGGCCCAGUUUGGCACCCUCUCUGACUAUUUUGACGCUCUAUACAAGAGGACAGGCGUGGAACCAGGGGCCCGGCCCCCAGGGUUUCCUGUGCUAAGCGGGGAUUUCUUCUCCUACGCGGACCGUGAGGACCAUUACUGGACAGGCUAUUAUACUUCCAGACCUUUCUACAAGAGUCUGGACCGAGUCCUAGAAGCCCACCUUCGGGGGGCAGAGAUUCUGUACAGCCUGGCUGUGACCCACGCCCGCCGCUCUGGACUAGCCAGCCGGUACCCACUGUCUGACUUCACCCUCCUGACGGAAGCUCGGCGCACACUGGGGCUCUUUCAGCACCAUGAUGCCAUCACUGGAACUGCCAAGGAGGCAGUGGUGGUGGACUAUGGUGUCAGGCUCCUGCGCUCCCUCAUUGGCCUGAAGCAGGUUAUCAUCAAUGCAGCUCAUUAUCUGGUGCUAGGGGACAAGGAUACCUACCACUUUGACCCUGAGGCACCCUUCCUCCAAAUGGAUGACACCCGCUUAAAUCAUGAUGCCCUGCCAGAGCGUACAGUGAUCCAGCUGGAUUCCUCACCCAGGUUUGUGGUGCUGUUCAACCCACUGGAACAGGAGCGGCUCAGUGUGGUGUCCCUGCUGGUCAACUCACCCCGUGUGCGUGUUCUUUCAGAGGAGGGUCAGCCCCUGGCUGUGCAGAUCAGUGCACACUGGAGAUCUGCCACAGACAUGGUCCCCGAUGUCUACCAGGUAUCUGUGCCCAUCCGUCUGCCAGCCCUGGGCCUGGGUGUGCUGCAGCUACAGCUGGGCCUGGAUGGGCACCGCACACUGCCCUCCUCUGUGCGAGUCUACUUGCAUGGCCGGCAGCUCUCUGUGAGCAGGCAUGAUGCAUUUCCUCUCCAUGUCAUUGACUCAGGAUCCAGUGACUUUGCCCUCAGCAACCGCUACAUGCAGGUCUGGUUCUCAGGCCUUACUGGGCUCCCAAAGAGCAUACGAAGGGUGGAUGAGGAGCAGGACCAGCAGAUGAACAUGGAAUUCCUCAUCUAUGGCACUCGUACAUCCAAGGACAAGAGUGGAGCCUACCUCUUCCUGCCUGACGGCGAGGCCAAGCCCUAUUCCCCCAAGGACCCCCCUGUGCUGCGUGUCACCGAAGGCCCUUUCUACUCAGAGGUGGUUGCCUACUAUGAGCAUGUUCACCAGGUGGUCCGGCUUUAUAACCUGCCUGGGGUAGAGGGGCUGUCUCUGGAUGUGUCAUCCGUGGUGGACAUCCGGGACUAUGUCAACAAGGAGCUGGCCCUGCGCAUCCACACAGACAUUGACAGCCAGGGAACCUUCUUCACAGACCUCAAUGGCUUUCAGGUGCAGCCCCGGAGGUAUCUAAAGAAGCUGCCCCUGCAGGCUAACUUCUACCCCAUGCCAGUUAUGGCCUACAUCCAGGAUGCACAGAAGCGCCUCACACUACACACUGCUCAGGCCUUGGGCGUCUCCAGCCUCAGGGAUGGCCAGCUGGAGGUGAUCUUAGACCGUCGGCUAAUGCAGGAUGACAACCGGGGACUAGGUCAAGGGCUCAAGGACAACAAGAGAACCUGCAACCGUUUCCGCCUCCUGUUAGAACGUCGAACCGUGGGCAGUGAGGUCCAAGAAGGCCGCUCUACCAGCUACCCAUCCCUCCUCAGCCACCUGACCUCCAUGUACCUGAAUACCCCUGUGCUUGCCCUGCCCGUAGCCAAGAGGCAGCUCCCAGGCUCCAGUCUGCACUCAUUUCAUCCUCUGGCUUCCGCACUGCCCUGUGACUUCCACUUGCUCAACCUACGUACGCUUCCAGGCGAGGAAGAUAACUUGCCCUCAUCAGACACUGCAUUUAUCUUACACCGCAAGGGUUUUGACUGCAGCCUUGAGGCCAAGAACUUGGGCUUCAACUGUACCACAAGCCAGGGCAAGGUAGCCCUAGGUAGCCUUUUCCAUGGCCUGGAUGUGGGAUUCCUACAGCCAACCUCCUUGACACUAUUGUACCCUCUAGCCUCACCCUCCAACAGCACUGACAUCUAUCUGGAACCCAUGGAGAUCGCCACCUUUCGCCUCCGCUUGGGUUAAGGCUUCUUGUGGCCUGAAGAAAAAGCUCAUCCACAAAGACUGCCUCUUAACACUGAGAAUGGGUUGGACAAGCCACACUGGGUAUCCCAUCCAAUCUGCCUCUAAAACCUGACAGACUGGGCUCUCCCCUCAUCUUGUUUAUUGUUCCUUCUGUAUUUAGGGCAAUGCCCAGUGGUGGGCAGGUAGGGCAGAUGCUGGUGAGAUGAGGGAGAGGAAGCCAUUGGUCGGGGUUGAUGGUACCAGACUCUGCUCUGGGUUGAGUGGCCACAUGCUUGGGCACAAGCUCAAGUACCCAUCCUUUUCCCAAAGUGGGAUGUGGGAGGAGUGGGGACAGACAGGAGGUCAGGGAAGCUAAGUGGGUAAGGCCCAGUGUCGGGUGACUACAGAUGAGAGCUUACUCUAGGGGAAUCCUGUGGUGAAGAAGAGACCAUGUAUCCUGGUAUAAGGAGCAGGAUCAGUGGGAAGAGAAGGAUGGGGACCCACAGUUAGCGGUGGGGUGGAGGAGUAGAAGGAAUCGCAGUUUCUCCUAAGGGCCUGAAGGCUUUUCUGCUUUCUGUGAUGGCUCUACCCUAAAUGCCACUGGGCCUGCACAUCCUGGUGGGGGCUGCAGGAUGGCAGGAAGGACUCACUAGAGACUUAUGGCCAGAGGGCAUAGAACAUUUCAGAUACCAAAACCCCCAUCUCAAAUUGGGCAGUUUGUCUGUGUGUUGAUUAAUGGGAUUGGUGGCUGGGGCUUAGCGGGGGUUCUCCACCCUACCUGACUCUGGUUUGUUCCCUUUACUCUCUGCACUACUGCCUCCAAGAACUUUCUAUCAUGAGGGGUUUGGUCCUGGAAAGAAAGUGAAACCUCCAAGACCCUCCAGGCUUGGGCAACUUGAGACGACUUUCGGUGCCAUGCCUAGCAGGCCUCGAAGCCUCACCUUUGGCCCAUCCUUUUACAGUAUUCAAUUCUUGACACGGGGGAUGAGGGAUAUGUAGACUAAAUUAGGAAGUGGUAGGACUGCUCAUGAGUCUUCAUUUCAGCUUCAAAUAAUAGAGAAAAAUUUAUAAUAGUCUCUAUAGAUGCUGAAGAGAUAUUUGAUAAAAUUUAAAAUCCCCCCCCUAGGGCUGGGGAUGUGGCUUCGUGAGUAGAGUGUUUGCCUAGCAAGCAUGAGGCUCUGGGUUUGAUCCCCAGCACCACAAAAAUAAAAUCCACCCCUUCUUAAAAUUCUAAGAAAGAAACUUACUAAUCUAGAAAAGGUCCAUGUCAGAAACAGUUAAUGGCACUCUGAAGAGUCAAACACCAUAAGCAUUCCCAAUGAGGGUAAGAAACUAGCCAGGGGUGCUGUGGUUUAGCAGUGUCUGGCAUUACUUACCCCUGCAACAAGUCAAGUGAAGGAGGUAAGGAAGGGUUAUAAUUGCCAUCAUCUAUAGACCCUAAAGCAGCCUGCCUAUGAAAUCCAGCAGAAUUGGCUGAAGACCUAGGAAGUGCAUUCUGUAAAUUGAGCCAGUACUAAACAUGUUCCUGUAAAGAUUUUGGUUCUCCCUAAAUCGGCUCAAUUCAAUGUAAUUCCAAUGAGAUUGGAUACUUUUUGAAAUUCAGUAGCUUCUGAAGUUCAUUUGGAAGAGUAAAGGCAUGAGAAUAUCAAGGUAUCUCCGAAUGGCGAUGAGUCCAGUGAUGGUGCUGAGGUGGGUAAAAGGCACUUGUCCUACCAGAUUUCCCAAAGGACUCUGGCUAGCAUGAAUUUAAUUAGUAUAACAGACUGGGUCAGACAGAUGGGACAGUAUGGAGAAUCCGGAAACAGUCCUGGGUACAUAGGGAUUUAGUAUAUGGUAAAUUUUUUUUUUUUAAAUGGGAGUAUUUUAAAUGGGGGAAAAGAUGGAUUAUUUAAUAAAUAAUACUUUGAGAUGACUUAUUAGAGUAAGAUCUCUACCUCAGUUUCCACAAAAAUUAGUUUGAGAGGGGGAAAAAAACAAAAUAAGAAAAUAUAUUUUUAUAACUGAUGUAGGAAGGUCUUUUGAAAACAUGAAACCAAAAAGAAAAACAUCUUACCAGACACACAAAAUUGAGUUUCUGUGCUAUGAGAAACAUCAGGUUGAAAUAUAAAUGUCAGAUGUGGGAGAAAAUAUUUGUGGUGUAGUAAAAAUCAGUAUGAUUAGAAAAUUUGCUUUAGGGUCCUCAAAGUCACUGGGGGCCUGCCAGGAGCCAUCUGAAAUCUCAAAGAGUGACAAGGCCAAGUUUUUGUGGGUUUGCCAGAAUCUUUGUGCCAAUGUCAGGCCAUAGCUCGUGGAAUCCUGUCCAUAACCUGAUGGAAGAACUAAGGUAACAAAUGUGAAGUACUCAGCAUAGUGCCUCGUACACAGAAGAGCUCCACGAAUAGGAGUUAUAACCAUAUUGGUAAAGGUUGCUAAGCAAUUACGGCAAGUGUUAUUUGCUAGUAUAUGAUUUGUAAUGAAAUGAUAAGAGAGAAUCUGUGAACCCCUAGGAAAUUAGCAGAAUAAAGGAUAUUAUCUUUGGAGGUCUUA